AUGGAAUCGAAUAACCGCCAAUCCGAUCGCCGCCGCCAAUCCGAUAGCCGCUCAUCGAGCGGUCGCUCAUCGAGCGGUCGCUCAUCGAAUAGUGGCUCAUGGAUUAGCCGUCUCUACCAUAGUUUCGGGACGAUGUCAUCAAAUCUCGGCCACGGAGACCCUGUUACUGUACAAUCGUUCAAUAACCUCAAGAACGGGACGCAAGUUUUCAACCGUGCCAACAUUCAGAGCCCUGAAAUUAAAAACUCUUUCAACAACCUCGGGUCAGGCUUCCAAAAUCUCGCUGGCAUAGUGAUAAAGCUUCCCGCCCACAAUACUCAUAACUACAGAUCAUAG